AUGCAAAGAUGUUUUGCGCCUUCUGGUUUUGGCAAUAUUGUGACUCGUCAAAUACACCAUUUUGCAGAUGGCUCUGCAGUUGCCUAUGGAACUGUAUCGUAUUUGCGACUAAUCAAUGAAGAUGGGAAGAUUCAUGUUGCGUUUCUUUUAGGAAAAGCUCGACUUGCACCCAUCAAAACUGUUUCAAUACCACGGCUGGAGUUGACUGCUGCCGCUCUUGCAGUCAAAUUAGAUUUAUUCCUGAGACGUGAAUUAGACUUCGAAGAAAUAGAGUCGAUGUUUUGGACAGACUCAACUUCCGUGCUUUUGAGUAUUAAUACAUCACGAAGAUUUCCAACAUUUGUGGCAAAUCGACUUGCAAAGAUUGAAGAGGGAUCGAAUGCUUUGCAGUGGAGAUAUGUACCUACAGAUUUGAAUCCGGCAGACGAUGCAUCCAGAGGGUUGUCGGUACAAUCGUUGAUGGAUGAACGAUGGCUGAAGGGACCAUCAUUUCUCCAAGAGCAAGAGGAACAUUGGCCUAAACCGCCAGUACAGUUACCUGAGCUUCCUGAUGAAUUUGUAAGAUGCAAGCCACGAGUUGUUGCGAAUUAUGUUUCUGAGUUUGCUUUGAAGCCAAUGGAUAAAUUCAUUUCAUAUUUCUCAACAUGGUAUAAAUUGAAAAAGGCAAGUGCAUGGAUGAUUCGAUUCAAAGAAUACCUUCAUAAGAAGAAGAAGAAUUAUAAGUGCAAUGAGAAACUUGAAGUUGAAGAAUUGCGAGUUGCUGGAGACGACAUUUUGAAAUACAUACAGAGACAAGAAUUUGGCGAAGUUAUUGAUGCCUUGCUGAACGACAAUCAUAGAAGUACAUCUGGGAAACAAGUACUGAAGAGAUUGAAGAUUGCAAAUAUUCUGCAUAAACUCAAUCCGAUUGUGAAAGAUGGCUUCAUCAGAGUUGGUGGGAGAUUGAGAAAUGCACCGGUUGAUUUCGAUGUUAAACAUCCGAUUAUACUUCCACAUAAACAUCAUGUAACUGAGAAGAUUAUAAGAGAACAUCAUGUAUCUACACAUCAUUCUGGUAUGGGGAGUACAUGGACUUCUCUAAGACAACGAUUUUGGAUCGUUAAAGGAGGCGCUAUGGUGAAAUAUGUUAUCAGAAAAUGCAUGUUUCGUCGAAGAAGAAGUUCACCUGUGAGUAAACAGAUUAUGGCAGAUCUUCCGAAAGAAAGAGUCACACCAGGUGAAAAACCAUUUACCUAUGUUGGAGUGGAUUACUUCGGACACUUUCUUGUAAAGCAAGGACGAAGUACUGUCAAGAGUUGGGGCUGUAUAUUUACAUGCAUGACAACUCGUGCCGUACACUUGGAAGUUGCAUACUCGAUGGAUGCAGAUUCAUUCAUAAAUGCGUUGAGAAGAUUUAUUUCACGUAGAAGUAGACCACUCAAGUUCAUCUGUGACAACGGUAGUAACUUCGUUGCAGCAAAUAAAAUCCUACGUAAAGGGAUAGAAGUUUGGAAUUCAAGCAAAGUUGGACAAUUUUUGCGUCAGGAGAAUAUUAAAUUUCAUUUCAAUCCACCUACUGCUUCUAAUUUUGGAGAAUGUUACGAAAGAUUAAUUCGGUCAGUUCGAAAGAUUUUGGUUGCUCUCUUACACGAUCAGUUGGUGUCAGAUGAAGCUUUGGCUACUAUUUUUUGUGAAGUGGAAUCACAGUUGAAUUCCAGACCCAUCACUCCAAUAAGUUUCGAUCCGAAAGAUGAUGAGCCACUCACUCCAAAUCACUUGCUGUUACUGAAUCCUACAAGUAAUUUACCUCCUGGCAUAUUCGACAAAAAGGACUGUUACACUCGACGAAGAUGGCGACAAAUUCAGUAUUUAGCUGAAUCAGUUUUGGAUCAGAUGGACCAAAGAAUACUUACCCACACUUCAGACACGACAGAAAUGGACCUCUAA